GAAAAUGUCAUGUUUACAUCUUGUAGCGGCAGAUUUCGAAGUUAUUUCUAGACGUUUCUAGAGCAAGAAAUCAAGUGUUUCGUAAUUUUUCGCGCGGUAUUGUUGACUUUUAAGAUUCACUUCGUAUUGCGUAGAUUACCCGUUACAUUUUCCUGCCAGUAUUAAUAGAUGAGCCUUAUUUUUUAAGAAGCACAUUUAUGUUAUAGGUUAUGUUGUGACAUAGUGCCUAGAAUAAAAUAAUAAGUUAUAAUAUCAACGAAACUACUCACAGAACACUCAUUGGUGCCUUGUUUCUACCACACGAUGCCCCGAGCCAAGAAGCGACCUGCGGCGUCAUCGGACGGCAGCGGCGACUACCAGCCACGGCAGAAGGGAGCGCGGGCCGGUGCCAGUGAUCGGUGGUCGUGGUGCUCCGACUGCUGGGUGCCUGCCGCCGCGUGCACCGGCAGGGGCCACACCCUGAUCUCUGUCGACGACGCCCGGCGCCUGGCCAAGGGGGCCCUCCUCGAGGCCCAGGAGGCGGUGAUGGUGUGGCAGACUCGCCUGGACGCCACGCUGCUGGGGGCCGGCGAGCCGCUGAUGACUCCAUACCACCCGGGGCCACCUUAUUGACCAAUAUCUCUCAAGUGCAUUUUGAAUAACCUGUUGCGCCGAAAGCCAAAACGGCUCAUGCCUCACCGACUGAGGGGGCGGGUUUAGGUCCGUGUCCGUGACGUUCGAGGUGUUAUUUGUUUUUGUAUAUUUACGUACGACCGAUGUGUGUCUAUUAGGUUCAUUUGUUUCACGGCGACAACAAUUUUAAAUCUGUAUUUAAAAAAACGUUACUAUACCAUUUGCAGUAUUCUGAAAGCAAUCUUUUGUUCUCUCCGGUAAAUAAAUUGUAUUUCUUCUGCAUA